UCGAACUGUGCUGGAUGAGGAUAAACAGCUUGGCGUGCGUUCCAAAGGUGACUCAGAAGGCGACGCACCUGGCACUCACCUGUCACUCAGUUGGGCAUUUAAAUAACUGACACUGGACUUUUAACGGAAUUGUAAAGUACUGUAUAAUUUACAACAGAUAAUAUGGAUGGGGAUGACAGUAUUACAGAGGAUGAAUGGACAUCUAUGAAGAGGAGAUUCAGCCUCGAAGGAUUAGAAUGGGAAACACAAGAUCAAAACAUAAAAACUCUUCAAGUGUGGCGCUUGCUAGUUGAUGCAGAGGCCAAUCUAAAAGCAGUACGACACAUAAAUGAUAAGCUGAGGAGACAGCAUGAUCAAGAAAAGGAGGAACUUGAGGAGUACACUGAACACCUCCGACAAAAAUGCGAAGAAAGAGUCAGGGAAUUGGAUGAUGAAGUGAAGACUCUCAAGGAGGACCUGGAGGCCCUCCUUGCUGGAACGCAGGCAGUGGGAACAAUGCUGUUGAAUGAGGGGCUGGAGGACGUAGCUCAGAGCACCCUGGGAGAGCAGAUAGCUUACCUACUUGUAGAAAGGGCAAAACUGAAUGAAGAACUCACAGCUGCUAGAACUAAGCCUGCAUCAGACAGGGAGAAGGAACUGACAGCACAGCUUAUUAAGGUUAGCACAGACUAUGAACUGCUUAAACGAACACAGCAGGAGUCCGAGGAAAAGCUGGCAGAGAUGACUGACAGGGUGUCAUUGCUGGAGAAAGCCUCUCGGCAAUUAGAACUAAACAAUGAAACUUUAGCCUACAAGCUAUCCGAGGCCUUAGCCGAAAUAGAGGAAAAUGAGAACCAGCUGCGCCUGUAUAGUAAGAACUCCAAUUUCAAACGUGGUGAGUCUCCGAGAGUGAGCUUGCGCAGCCAAGAGGAUUAUGGACCAUCAAGCCUAAGGAGUCUGCCUAUCUCUGAGAGCUCUUUUAUCCGCCGAGACUCGCAGAGAAGGAGUGGCCGCAAGGGAGAAUCACCUAGGAGUAGUAACAGGCAGAAAAAACAUGAAUCGGUGAGAGGUGAGAGAAGCAAGUCAGCAGGUCGUAGCCUCUCUAGACAGCGGCGAGUCAGCAGAACAGGAAGUCUAAGGCUUGACGAAGGGGACGCUGGUGAACGCAGGCUUUCUGAUGCUGUGGAGGCAGGCUUGCUUUCUGGAGAUAGGAGCUUUGAUAUAAAUGAUGUGCGCAGGAGUAGUGUUAUGAGCUCCAGUGCGUCUUCUCCCAGGAAACUCCAUUCGCUGCUUGAUACCCAAAUACAGACUGCAAAAAGCCAGAUUAAUAUGUUAGAUGAAGUGAAGCAGCUUCAGGCUGAACUGGAGACCUUGAAGAAGGACUUACUAGGUGCUGGUGACAAGUAUGAAUUCAUAGUGAGAAAGUAUGAAUUAUAUAAGAUAAAAAGCAAAAGCAAAGUUUGUUCUAUAAAAUCAACAUACCAAACUGAACUGGAAGGCCUACAGAGACAGAACAACAGUCUGGAGGCGCAGGUUGCCCUACAGAGAGACCAGCUCCGGUCAGAUGACGCCCUCAGGAAGGAGCUGGAGAGUGACUUGGCCAGCGUUCGUGCCGAGCGUCAGGAAAUGGCAGUGAGGGUGCGAGAGAUUGAGAGGGAGUUGCAGAGACGAGACCAAGAGAUUGGACUCCUUCAAGAGAAAGUGAAGCUGUUGCAAGAGAGGAACCAGCAGCUUAAUGAAAAGCUGCAGGAAAUGAGCUUAGCAGCCAUUGUUGGAUGAUAGAAUGUGAUUUGUUAGGUGAAUGCUGAUAAUUUUUUUGACAUUGCAUGUUAGAUUUAUAUUGCAUAUAUCGCUGAUUCAGAUAUGUGUAUUUAUAAAACUAUGCCAAUGAUUCAACCUCAGAGAUACCAUGAUCUGUGAUUCAUAUCCGUCCACAUCCCUUUUUCUUUUUCCCGUUCCAGUUCGUGUUCCCUUUCCCUUUCCCUUUCCCUCUCCCUCUCCCUCUCCCUCUCCCUCUCCCUCUCCCUCUCCCUCUCCCUCUCCCUUUCCCUUUCCCUUUCCCUUUCCUGUUCUCUUUCCCUUUCCUUUUCCCUCUCCCUUUCCCUUUCCCGUUCUCUUUCCAUUUCCAUUUCCCGUUCCCUUUCUUUUCAUUUUCCCUUUUUAGAAUGGAUUAUUAUAUGGCAAUGCAAGACCCAUAGAUAUAAGCCUUUCUCUAUAUUAAUAUAGUAUUUAUUAUGUAACACAGAGCUUUAUUGAUCCUCGUCACUUAUGAUCAUAGUAAGAAUAAUUAAAACAUGGUCAAGUGCCCCAAAAUACCCUAUGUAAGUGAUGUCUUCCUUCCAGUCUUGACAGAAGAAGAGAAAAUACUAAUAAUGCCAUUAAUAUUAUUUAUUUCUUACAUGUUAAAUGUCUCUCUUUUUUGUUAAUGGAUUUUUUGUUUACAUAUAGUUUUGAUAAGCAAAUCAAAACUAUAAAUUAUAUUAACUUUGAGUACAAGCCUUACCUUUUUUUUUUGUUUUGUUUUGUUGGAAUACAGUUGUUACUUGAAAGGUACAAAUUGUAAACAUAAUAAAAGUGCAUGAGCAGUAUUGUACAUGUCAUUAUUAUUUAUACAUUCUUUAUGUUCUCAUAUUUACGUGAAUUGCAUAAAGAAUGAUACAUUUCAU